AUGGCAGAGAGCAUCGAGGGCCUACUCAGACCAGCGUGUCUUCUGGUCCAGAGCCUGCACCCAGCCUACGAGCAGGCGGUGGUCUUAGCAGAUGACAACGGCCAGAGCGAAGAAGAGGGCGGUGUGGCCCCUUUUGUCGCCCAGACCAUGGAGCUUAUCCAGGCGAUGGCAGUGCGGGCCAAGCUGAAGCCUCUCCUCAAAAAUCGGGUGAAGAGUUUGCUUCAGCUCCUGGUCCCUUUCAUGCGGAUCACUGAGAACCAAGCAUCCACCUGGAGAGCCGACCCCAAUGAGUUCCUAGUCCAGGAGGAGGAUGAGCAUUGUAGGGGGUGCACCAUCCGACUUUCGGGUGAGGGGCUGGUGUGCCAGAUGCUGGAAACCUUCAAGCGCGAAAGCUCGCGUUCUGUGGCGGCGCUCGCCACAGAAUUGUUGGAGCGCGGCGAAAGCGGGCGCGGCUCAGGUGAUGCUGCGGCUUGGAAGCUGACGGAGGUCGGCUUGUUCAUAUUCAGCAUCGCGGUGGGUGAGGCAACUGUGAAGUCGCUUCAGCGCAGCGAGCUUGGCCCUAUGGUUCCAAACACGCUGGCCCUGGCUGCGCGGCUGUGUGCUGAUCGGAGUUCUCCUGAGUUUCUGCGCGCUCGGGCAUUCUCACUGUUGCAUCGCUUGGGAGACACAGUGUCUCAACUGGUUCGGGAGGAGAUCCCGCAGCUUCUUGAGGCGGCUGCAAAAGGCCUCGGCAGUGAUGAACCCUUGGUGGUUCGUGUAAGUGCUUGCCGGGUCUUCUGCCGAUUCCUCACGGCGCUUCAUGACAACAAGCUUCAGGAGGAGCUGCUCCUCAAAGGAGGUGUUCUGGCUUCACUGGGCUCCCUGCUUCGGGAUGCAGACGAGGAGCUUCUGCAUUUGUGUCUCGAGUGCAUGUGCAUCAUCGUCAAGCGAUGUCCGACCGUCAUGGCGGCCGUGUCCCACGAGCUGUGCCCCUUGACCGUGCAGAUUUGGCGCAGAUGCGCUGCGGAUCCCAUGGUGCAUAUGCAAGUCCUGGAUUUGGUGAGCUGCUGUGUCAGCGCUGACAAGCAGCUCCAGGGUGCCAUGGAGGAAAGCCUGCUCCCAGUGGUGGCAAACGACUUGCAAGGCUCGGAUCCUCAUCUCGCAAGCUCUGCUAUCGAGCUGCUCGGGGUGUUGCUGAAGAGAGCAGCUGUGCCAUUUGGCCCGGCGAUGUGCAGCUGUGUUGCACCGCUCGUUGCAAAGGCAAUGGACUCCGACGAAAGCAUGAUGUUGCAGAAUGCCUGUGAGACGCUGGUUUCAUUGGUGGAGCGCUCGCCGUCGCAAGUGGUGGAGGCGGGGCUCCUGGAGCCUUUGCUGCGCCUCGUGGAGCGCCUCCUGGGCCCAGACCUCGAGGCCAUUGGCAACAUCAUUGCCCAGAAAAACCCAGAUCUGAUCGCUCUGCAGGAGAUGACGGCAGAACAUUGGCAAGAAUGCCUGAAGAGUGAAGCCUUUCGUCGCUACUCUUGGAGCCCAGCCCCACCGCAUCGCUAUUUUACCAUGCUGGGAAGUCGCUUGCCCGUGAAGACAGAGCCAGCGAGGCAUCCCUUCAAGGCAAGCCGGAUGCAGAGAGACCUUGUGACGAUGAUUGUAGAGCCAUCCGGACUCCCCCCGUUGGCAUUUGCCACUUCACACUUGGAGUCUUUGGAUGAGCACGAGGCUCGUCGUGUACAGAUCAAUGAGAGCCUGACACAGUUGGCAAUCCACGCUGAUGCAGUGUUCUGUGGUGACACCAACAUCAACGAAGCAGUUGACGGCAAUGUCAAACUACCUCGUAAUUGGGAGGAUGCCUGGCUUGUCCUGAAGCCAGAUGAUCCAGGCUACACCUUCGACGUAGAGCGGAACAGCAUGAUGAGCGCCCAUGAUGGCUGGGCUCGAGCUAAUAAAGCUCGCCUUCGCUUUGAUCGCUUUUGGAUGAAGAUGAGCAACUAUGCGGCGACGGACAUAGAGCUCCUUGACGAGCCCAUCAAGGAUGGCCUCUGGCCAAGCGACCACUUUGGUCUGCUGCUGACCCUGCAGGAGUGGCGGCAGAAUCGCGGUGACCAGAAACCGGUUGGACUGCUCCGCGCACUGGUGACAAGGCUCGCGCGAGCCGAGCGCCUAUACCUCCGCCAGGAGCUUGUUGUCGUGUGCGCCCGCCUCAUCCACGAGGAUUUGAAUGGCGCAGUCUCAGCCCUCGCGGGCAUUGAGGUCCAAAGCUCCCCUCCUCGCAGUGGUCUGGAGUUGCUGUUGGGCGCGUGGUUGUCUUGUGCACCAGACAUUCGUGCCAAAAGGGCGCGAAAUGUGACCAUUUCCGCCAUGUGCCGAUUACACGAACAGUGCUUUCAGGAAUCACCCCUUCGGCAUUGUCGGGUGGGCGAGGCGCCUUUGCCUGAUCAGCUGCUUCGUGUCAUCGUGGCCGGCCUCGAGUGCGAGAACGAGCGAUGCAAGCGUUUGCGGGAGGCAGAAGCCGAAGCGUUGAAGUCAGACGAGGAGGAGGACGACGAGGAUGACGAGGGGGAUGAGCCAGCGGGCGGGAAGGGCGGCAAGUUCUUGUCCGACUUCCUGGACUUGGAGGGCAUUGAUGAUUCGGACGGUUCAGAUGCCGGUGGCGAUACCUUCCAGGAACUGGAACGUAAGGACCCGUUGGCUGAGCUGGACCUUCAAAGCACGCUUGCCCAAUACCUGGCUAAGCAGGACUGCCAAGCGGACCGCGCACUGGCGCAGCAGAUUGCCAAAGCAGUGCAAGAGGUAAGUUCCGUCAGCAGGCCGCCGCUCUGCGCCAACGCUGCUCCGAGCAGCGGCUACAUGCACUAG